AUGUUAGUGGUAUAGUUGUAGAGCCAAAUAUCGAAGAAACAGCAAAUCGCACGCGAAAGGAAUGGUGUUGGAAUAGAAGUUAUAAAAACUAAUGCGUCCAUUACAAAGGUUUACCUUGAAGCGUCUAAACCAUUGAUAUUGAGUUGAGACAGGAAGGACUUGCGAGGAGCAAUCUCGCGGGCACUGAAAUUACAUUAAAGACUCAAAAAAACUGGAUAAUGAGCGACCGCGAGGCAGUGAUAUCGACCAUAGCGCCACUCACAUCGACAGAAGUUUGUGAAAACGACCCGCUGCCGGUAAAUGACUCUGCUGAUAUCGUAGAUAGUCCAACGAAUCUGCGGCAAGUCAUCGAAUCUAAACCGGGAAACGAAUUUUCGGAACGCGACGCGCUUUACAAUAAGCACUCGUAUUCAAUUCAACUGGGAAGUUACGACGGAGGGCAAUACUGCACCACCUUUCCGUCUAUACCAAACAUAACUCUAUCCAACCAUAGUGCAAGCAGACUUCCGUUGCAACAAAACGGAUUUGGGAUACCGGCUUCAAGGCAGAACCAGAACAUAGUUCUUCAGGAUCGUACACCUCAUGAUCACUUUCACGGAUUCGUCCCAGAAACUUGGGAGGAUUCAAUGUCGAAUAUACCACAGCGGUGCGAUGGUAAUGGCAGCAGAAAUCUAAGCAGAGGAAGAACGACGUAUUCUGUUGACCAGAUAACAGAGCUGGAAAAACUGUUUACACGCAACGCAUACCCAACGCCCCAAUCCCGCCAAGAGCUUGCUCGAAAUAUUAGAGUACCUGAAGGGAAAGUAAAGAUAUGGUUCCAAAAUCGGCGAGCAAGAGCCAAAAAGCAGCGUAUGCUUUCAAGUAACAGCUGGAGAGUCGGGCUGCAACAAACCGCUUUCGCGCCUCUACCCGUGCGCCAAGAACAGUCAAACAACAAUAAUAACUCGAUCGUAAACGAAGCGGGUGCUGCGAAAAAUCCAGCUAUCAAUCUGUCGAGCCAGGUUGUGCCGAACUGGGAAUAUCCUCAGGGUGGGCCAUCUCAAAAUCAAGAAGGCGCAAGUCACACUUCCUUAUCCCUCUCCUGCCUCUCGCUUCGAAACCAAGCGAAACAUAACUCCUUACCCAGUACGACUGACUCUGCUGCAAAGAAUAGCGCCGAGCACCCGCCAACGCUUCCGCUUUGCCCUGAUAACAGUUUUAAAUUUUACACUGGGUCGUGGCGGGACGUGUCAAAAUAUGAGAGGACGGACUUCGAACACAAUGAGGCCUUUCCCAGUCGUUUUCCGGUGAUCAACAAUUCACAAAGCCACAUCGAUAGGAGUACGGCGCGAUUUUCAAAUGUUGCCAGCAGCAUGUCUCCAAGCAUGCAGUCGCCUUGGUUCCAACACGGUGGUUAUUCAGCUCCUGCUGCAAUGAGCAGCCCUCCUUCAGCAGAAGGAACUGGUUUAUCUAUUGCUACAGUUGAGUCACUUUCUGCACCCGUUGCUAACGAUAAAGGUGCUGCUACGUCUCUUGUGACGCCUGCACCCCACUGUGAACAGCACAGUCGGAAUAAACUACCGAAUGACGCAAACUCGACUGGCUAUUACAAAGGUGCAUACGACCUAAAGGUAAUUUCGUCUGGGUAUAAAGCAAAUGUUCUUUCGGGUCGAUAUUCUCCAUAUCUGAGCCCACCCACGAGCACCGCUCUCCUUCGUUCUCCACCGCCUAUAAGAAGAUUUGUUUUCCCUUUCAAAAAUCUCAUGGAAACCUCUAGGAACUCAGUCGCACCUGUUGGUCCAAAUAAUGUUCACGAAAACGUAGAUUUAACAACUAGAACGAACUGUGCAAAGAACUUCAUGACCCUCAAUACUCAUACAACAUCUGAGGCCGGUCCUCACUUUUGCCCUCGACAAUCAAGCCACUGUUUCGUCGACAGUAAAGUAGGUAGCCAACCAAUUGAUGUAAAUAUGGCUACAAACCCAAAUUUGCGAACCCUCGCACCUACGUUCAAUUUAAAACCGUACCAGAUGCAAAAGAAUGACUUCGACACUGCUGCCUGUGGAACAAGUUUAUCAAAACAACAGCGUUUUAAUUGGCAAAUGAACAGUGACCGCUGGCAGCAUAUUAAUCAGUGGAAUUCUACCAGCAGUAUGCAAAAAUACCAACCACAAGCGACGUUCACUUCCAACGCAAUGCAUUGUCGAGAACGGGGCAUGCCUGGCCAAAUGUGGCCACACCACCAGCAGGGAUAUGGAAACAGCAAGAACUGCAACGUUGCAAACUGGCCGCGUAUGUAUCCUAAUAACGGGUCUCACGUUAUUGAAACCGAAACUCGUUGUCCGUCUAACGGUUCGGAGGAAAGCGGUUCUAGUGCGGAUGCCCAGAAAAGGGAAACUGCGCAGGGUGUUUGGUCGGUGAGCGAGCUUAUCCCUGGUACCCAACCCCCUUCGUCGGCCCCAAUGGUCGGUUAGAAAUUGAAGAAGGAUUUAAUCGCGUAUAAAGUUCAAUUUAUUGUUUUACUCUUUUUAUGAAACCCUGUGUUGAUUAUUUCAGCUGCUACAAUCCAAUUGUUUUGAAACGUGUGUGUUCCUGAAGUUUUAUUUCUUUUUUUUGCCAAGCUUGCCUUUAUGAGUUUUUUUUUAUUUGCAGUAAAUCACAUUCAAUAAGUAGUCACGUUUUGCGGUAAAUCACAUUGCCUUUAUUUUGCAGUAAUUCACAUUCUAAUAAAUCACAUGCGGAAGUCACAUA